AUGGCCCCAACCCCCAGCUACGACGAGGUCGACGCGGCGCUCUGCCGCCCGGGCACCAUCUUCGAGAUCGAGGAGAAGGUGAUCCGCGGCUGCAAGAUCAAGACCUGGAAGCGCGCACCGGUGCACUUCCGCCAGUUCUUCGAGGAGCGCAUGACCAAAUGGAGUGACCGUGUUAUGCUCUCCACGCCGCGCGCCGAGUCGCUCAGCGAGGAGAACCGCGAGGUCCUCACCUAUGGCGAGGUGUGGGAACGCAGUGUCCGUCUCGCCGCCUGGCUCCGCGAUCGGGAGGUGCGCGCUGGCACGCGGGUUGCCAUCGGUGGAAGGAACUGUGCUGGGGGCCAUGACCGAUGGGGAACGGGAAAGGGCGCUAACGAUCCCAGCUGGAUGAUUUCGUUCAUCGCCGUGUGCCUUCUCGGCGCUGUUCCCGUGCUGCUGAACUCGACGCUCAUCGUCGAUGCCCAGCUGCACUGUCUCGGCCUCACCAAGCCCGUUCUCGUGCUCUGCGACCCGGAGAACGCAUCUGUCCUCGGCUCCGUCGCCUCGGAGCUGACUGCGCGCGGCGUCGGCCCGAUCCACUGCUGGUCCUCGCUGUCGCACGUCGAUCCCGCUGUGCGCUCCAACGUCUCCGAGCUUGUGCCCGGCUUUGCUGUCAGCUCCAAGAGCCUUGACGAGGUGCGUAGCGGCAAGGGGUUCGGUCUCGAGGACGUCACGCCCGAAUCCGACUGCAUGGUCCUCUUCACAUCUGGCACCACGAGCAUGCCCAAGGGCGUUCUUGAGACGCAGCGUGCGUGUCUCACCCACGUCAUCAGCUCGUCCAUCCCCGCGGCGCGCGCCAUCAUGCGUAUGGGAGGUACGGUCGAGAUGGCGCUUGCGGCGCACGACCCGCCCGAGCAGCAGGGUGCGAUGCUGCUCGCCGUGCCGCUGUUCCACGUCACGGGCCUGCUCGGCUGGAUGUCGCGCGGCGUGCACAUGGGCAUGAAGAUGGUGUUCAUGAAGCGGUGGAGCACCAGCGCAGCCGUCAAGCUCUGCGUCGCGGAGAAGAUUGGCGUCAUCGGCGGCGUGCCCGCUAUCGCUACUGCUAUUCUCCAGUCCCCCGAACUGCCAAGCGACCACGUCAUGGAAGGCAUCACCUAUGGUGGUGCGCCGCCUCCUGCUCGUUUGGCGGCCGAUAUCCAGAAGAAGUGGCCCGCAGCAAUGGCCACCCACGCGUACGGCAUGACCGAGACCGCUGGCUUGCACACGGGCUUCAUGGGACCGGAUUACCAUGCCAACCCGGCUUGUGUUGGCCCUGCGAUGCCGGUCGACGAACAGAGGAUUGUCGAUCCCGAGACCCGCAAGGUUCUGGGUCCGAACCAGCCGGGUAUCGUCGAAUGCUACGGUCCCAACAUCAUGAAGGAGUACAUCGACAACCCUGCUGCGACCGCGGACGCCCUCAGGGAUGGCUGGGUGCACACAGGCGAUCUGGCGCUGAUCGACGACAACGGGUUCUUACGUAUUCUCGACCGAGCCAAGGACGUUCUUAUCCGGUCUGGCGAGAACAUCGCUUCUGAGGAGGUGGAGAACGCGAUUUACAAGGACGACAGGAUCGCAGAGGCAGCCUGCGUGCCCGUCCCGUGUCCGAGACACGGCGAGCAGGUCGGCGUGGCCGUUUCUCUCGCACCAGGGGCAAAGGCGGAUUCUGCAAGCAUCUCCAAGAUUGUUGAGCCUCGUUUGAGGCGUAUCGCACGUCCUGCGAUUGUGCUUGUGCUCGACGAGCCGCUUCCCCGCAACGCGAACGGCAAGAUCGUCAAGAGCGACGUUAAGAAGAUUGUCGGUGAGGCGUGGAAGAUCCAGCAGGCUGCCCAGGCCGAGCCGCGUGCGAAGCUGUAA